AUGGCUGCGUCGGAGUACUCUGCCUUGGACGCUGUCCUUUUCAACCAUCCGUUGGCACGUGUCAUUCUGUUGUUGGUCGGCAUCGCUCCAGACGAUGGCAUGCAGGCUCGUUUCGAUAGUUAUCUCGCGGAUGGCUACUGCGUCGUGGUGUUUCCAUUGCGCAUGGACCUCAUCAUGACUUUGGUCUAUCGUGCUGCCGCACCGAUGGAUGAGCUCGGGUUCCCCGACGAGCAGCUUCAGGACUCGUUGGGUCGUGUCGGCGUCGAGCCAAACGGCCUCGUCUUCACGGUAAACUCGGGCGUUUUGGCCUUGCAGGUUUUGUUUGGUGGCGUCAGCCUCAGCAUGGACAUAAUUCUGCUGAACCCCUUUGACUCCUGGCUUCCUGGAUCGUUGAGCCUUGCCCAGACUGCGGUCUUUUUGGAGCGACCCCUGGAGCCAGAUGGCCCGUUGCCCUCCCAGGUCCUCGAGGAGGAGGACUUCGAGAAGUCUUGGACGCCCAGGUCGCACACGGACAGAGGAGACGGCAUAACGACGGUUUGCGCUUCGCACGUCGCACCACGUUCCCUUCCACAAGGUUGUGGCAUUGGCAAGCAGCUCCUUCGGGAGUCUGUUGCGAUGUUUGUCCGCCAGCGAUCUGUCGCCGAAAUGGACACGAUCUUGACUCGACUGUACAAGGCCUACGUGAGAUCUCGGCGCCCAGUGCUGUCGGAAAGCUGCGAGGUAGUGCUUCUACCGUCGUGGUCCAUGGCAGAGCCACACUUUCCGGAUGGGUUUCGCUACUACGGGCGCCGGGGCUUGGAGGACGAGCUGGAUGACCGGCCACACCAUCACAGCCAGCUCUACUCUUCCCGCGCCCACAAGGAGCGAGCAGACUGGUCGCUGAUCCGGUCCCUGAAGCUGUUCUUGCCAAUGGAUUAUGGGCCUCCAUCGGCGCGAAAUGUGCUGCCUCGCAGCGUCGUAGAUCUGACUCGACGUAUGCUGUCCCUGCACCUCGGCCCCUUCGCUGGUGGGCCAAUGCAGUUCGGAGUGCCUCCCAACUUGGAAGCCACACAGGGGAGGCGCUUGCGGAGUCCCGUGGAUUCACUGGAUGCCCUGCAGAACUCUAUGAUGGAGAGCUUUGAUGCCGGACAGCCAAAAGCAUUGCCGAGGGAGGCUGCACUUCCCGGUGAUGUCGGGGGCUACCGCACUUUCCGGGAUGUGCGAGUCGUAGGUCUCAGCACGUGCCAUGGCACGCAAGGGGAAGGAGGCCACCAGGUGCAGCUGAUGAUCGGAUCCGGGGGCACUCCUCCCAAGUUGCGGUUCUUUUGUCGCCCCGGUGCCCGCGUAGAGGGCUCCCAGAAGACGGGGGGCUACGAUACGCCAGACCAAGUUCGUGCCUUCCGCCUUUGUCGGCAGGCGCUGUCGGUGGACCAGCGCGCCUUCCGGUUCCGCGGGCUCCCGGCACAGCUGAAUGCGGCGAUCUCAGUGCUGGCCUUCGAGCCUCUUCCUGGGCAAUCCCCUGGGCAGAGAGAUUCCCGAUUGACAGAGGCCGAGUUGUUAGAACACUUUGACGAAAUGGUCUUGACAUUGGAGGAGCAAUGCCAGGCAAAGAUGCCUGCAACCAAAACGAUUCGAAUGCAAGCCUUGCUGGAUGAUGUCCAGGAUCACAUCACAGUAGUGGCUCAUUCGGCCUCACGCUGUGACUUACUGGACCGCCUGGGAGCAUCUUUUCGGAGCAUGUACGAGCACCUUCCUGUGCUGGUGACGUGCGAGUGUGCAGAGGGGAUCGACUGCCAAGCGCUCAAGGAGCGUCCACACCCCAGCGUCUCACGCAUGUCUGUCAUUGACGUCCCAUACGACUUCGGUCUAUCCCGUGGGAAGAAGCUGCUGGUGCACCGAGUACAGACAGAGUUCCUCCUCGUUCUCGACGACGACUUCGUGCGGUCGCCUUUGUCUUGUCUGGAAUGCAUGCUGUGGCACAUGAGGAGCCAGCUUCACUCUCUGACCCUUCCCUUUGACCUCUUGGGGUUUCCGAUUUUGGAGGACGAGCGCAACUUCGGGGCCUUCCGCGGACAGCUGCGUGCCACGUCGAAUCGCCUCUACCUAGAUCCGAUGACGGCUGCUGGUGCUCCAGACGGCUGCACGCGUGUGGGAAUCCACCCCAUGGCCUUCCUGGGAAGGGUGGCACGGCUCCGCGGCUUCAAGUUCCAGGACAACCUGAGGGUCGGGGAGCACGAACAGUUCUUCUACUCCAACAGCUACCUCGGGCUGCAGGCGGCUGUUUGCUUCGAUUCCACAUUCCCGCACUUCCGCGUGAAGAUGAAGGGAGAGUACAAACAGAGGAGGGAUCGCAUGCAAGAGCUCAUGACGAAGGAGUUCACAAAAGUCGGCUUUCCCAGCAUGAUGUAUCUGCUCCAGAAGUACGACAUGCUAAGUGCGACGGACCACAACGAAUUCAUAUCGAAGGAUGUGCCGCCCUGGCAGAUUUCUGACGACACCUGCGGGCCACAGCCGGACCCCCCGGUAGAGUUUGGUAUGUUCUUCGCUGCGGUCUUUUCUUCGGCUACGGAUACGGGCACGCAGUUCCGGCGGCUCCUGCGUGGCGAGGAGGAGCAAGCCACACAGAUCGCUUGGCUGCCCCGGCUUGCCGAGCUUGCGGCCAUCAACUGGGCUUUCUUCCUGGACGAGGCUGCGGCCGAGAUGCCCUCUGUGGUCAAGGAGGAGGCCGAGUUCGGCGACAUUGUCUAUAUGCCUUCUGCCGGACAGCCGAUGACAGCCGAACCCUCUUCAGAACAACUUCGGUGGACUUUCGCCUUCCUGCAGCGAUUUCAGUUCCGGUGGCUCGUCGUGGUCCAGGAGGAUGCUUUCGUCAAUGUCGCGGUGCUGUUGGGCAAGGUUUCCGAGAUUGAGCAGGCGUCAGGCAAUGCGGCCGCUCGGACGGUGAUUGGCCACUGGCAAAGCCACUGGCAGCAGCCGGGGCUCAGCCCGGUGUUCUUCGCCCUUACCCAGGAUGUCUUCCACCUGCUGGCCUCCAAGCGCAUGGUCAAGCGUUUGAGGACAGAGUUGGAGGGGGGGCCCGGUGCUGCGGUGAGUGCUUGGCUGGAGCCCCUGGCGCUGCACCGAGAGUCGAUGCCUGGGGUCUACACAGGACGCCGCUUGCCCAACGACUGCCCCCUGGAUGCGACGGUGCUCCAUCCAAUCGGCCCGGCGGACUUUCUGGUGCUCUCCGAGGCAUCACUGCAAGGUCCACCCUGUGAGGUGCUGGCGCACAUGCAGCGACAAGGUGUCACCCCACGUUGA